GGGUACUGCAUCUCUAAGUUUGGUGUGGAAGCCUUCUCCGACAGUCUCCGGCUUGAGAUGAGCAGCUUUGGGGUGAAGGUCAGCAUGAUCGAGCCAGGCUACUUCAAGACGAUGAUCACCAGCUUCGAGAACCUGGAGAAGAAUUUUCUUUCCCUCUGGGAGAAGGUCCCGGAGGAAACCAAAGCAAGUUAUGGGGAGAAUUACUUGAAGGAUUUUUUGUUAGCAGUCAGGAAGAUGCAGAAGAGAUGCAACUCCAACCUGACGCUCGUCACGGACUGCAUGGAGCACGCGCUGACCAGCUGCUACCCCCGCACCCGCUACUCCGCGGGCUGGGAUGCCAAACUGCUCUACAUCCCCCUCAGCUACCUGCCAUCAGCCCUCACAGACACCAUAUUCAGCUGGUCCUACCCCAAACCUGCCUAG